AUGUUGUUUUCUCUUGAUCAAACACAUUUCCACCCAUGUAUUACUUCUUAUAACUCCCCCGUCAACAAAUUACCAGCAGGAAGCUCAACUGGACAUGUCCAUCAAGCUCGCAAGAGAGUAUAUGUACACACGAGCGACAGUAAUUACGACAGCACAAACAUCGUUUCAGGUCAGAACAAGAAGCAAAAUAGCAAUGAACAAGGCAAUUCCGUUAAGCACAUCAACCCAGUCCAUCUAUCAUUGUCACCAUGCCAAUCAUCAUUCCCCACAGAUUCGUCUGCUGACCUCAUCAGCCUUGUUUACUAUCAUGAACAACUCUUUACGAAUAUAUUAUCUGAUUACGUUAACAAGUCUGGAGUUUUGUUUUCACAACUAUCAGAGAAGAUUCCACACCCCACUCAAUUACCAUGCAAGUCGUUUACACCAGACCCUUGUCCUACCAAGUUUUUGCUCCUGGCUUCUAAGUCCGAUUCAAGCAGAAUCAUUGCGGUUUGCAUAUCCAAUGACAGUGCUGCCAACCUGUCGAGGAUAUGGAUCGAACACACAAUGCCUAGGUUAUUAUUAUUGAAGGGAAGUACUAUACGCGAGCAGAUUAUGGGCAAGGAGGCAACCAGUCAUGAAUGUUGUGCCCUAAUUUUGCGGCGCAUAGCACAAAUCGAAAGGACCAACUCAAAAAACCACGAUGGUGCAAUUUGGCGGAAAUUCAUGGAGCAAGACUUUACGGUCCAUACCUCCCCUUAA